CUGUGAAAUCCGUCUCUGCGCAGUCCUCCUUCUUCACAUACUCAGGCCAGUGAAAAGGAAAACCAGCAGCACUCGUCUCAGGACCAUUCAAGUCUUCUACUUAAGCCUUCCGGAUCAUCACCCUCACUCCCCCACGAAUCUCCGGCAAGCGCGAAACCUGGUUCCUCUCCUACCCUUUGCUCGAUCUCAAUCCACACACAUAUCCACCCUUUACUUUCACCACAGCUAUCUCUCAAACACCCCGUUCUCUUAGAAGAUCGUCAGAUCUUUAUUCCGAGAACUCAUCCUGAUACUGGUAUCAACUACCCCACUGAUCUCUUAGCCACUGCUCUUGAAAGUGUCUUUUCCGAGGCGAGAGAACACAUUUUGAAUAUGGAUCUUUACGGAAAGACAGGAGAAGUCAUUGACUUUGGUGGCGAAGUGGAUUAUUCUGGAACCGCGUGGUUCCAAGAUGUUCCACAAAGACCUCCGCCGGCGCCACAAAGUGUUGGGACACCGUAUGUGCCUGAUCCAGACGUUAUAGCUCAGAAUGAGGCCUUUGAGUUCGCACUCAGUGCGGCACCCAAUGUAUUGUACGCCAGAUAUAAGCAAUACGGACAGCUCGGUGUCUUGGCGUGGUGUUCCGAAUUCGGCGAACUCAUUGAUAAUCUCAAGGAGAUGGGAUUCGCUGGCAACAUGUUUGUCAGUACCCGAUCUCAAGCACUGAAGACGUGCACAGAGAUACUCAGGCUGAAGCUUACGGAUGUGAAGAUGCAAAUCAUCAUUAUGUAUCUUUCCUCCCAAGUUUCACGCCUCAGGCGCUUUUUGGAUGGAGACGGUGUAUGGGAUGAUUAUCCAGAACUGACAUUCCCACUGGAGCCGAUGAAGCAUCAGGCGACAUCGUAAACUCCCUUUUUUUUUUUACCUCUUUUUCUUGUUUUGUUUUCUUAGUUGCAUUUCAUGACCAUCUUUCCUAUCACCUGCCAUAGCAUGUAUGUAUUAUCUUACAAUCCAAACGAUUACCCUCAAAGUGUGAUGAACAUGAUUAUACCGUGACAAUGAAGGAAUAUAUAAAAGUAAAAUCCGUAGUCCUUAAGUAACGAGAGAAUGGCGUAAAGAUUGUCAUCUGGAAACAUUCCCACUGAUAGCAUGG